AUGCACCAGACUGACAGUCGCUCUGUGUAUGCUCAGGCCUUGUGGCACAUGGCUACAGGUGGCCGCACCGAGGAAGGUGGUGUGUUAUCCAUCCUCGGAUUGAAGAAUUCAUUCCUACACCUGAGUGCUGUCGACGCUGAGACAAAGACGACGAGAGCUUCCUCUCAUCCCCCUGAUCGGAGAUCGCUCGGAGCCUCGCCUCAGCUCACGAAUGCGCUGGCCGCGGAAAUCGCAGAGAUCUACGGAAGAGAUCUGGAGCUCCAGCGCAUCUCGAACGCGACCACCGUUGAAGAGAGCCGUAGAUCUCCUGUGGGGGAAGAGGCCACGGAGGCCAGAAUCGGAUGUGCUCAGGCAGAGACCACUGCGGGGGAGGCGUUGGAGCAGACCUCGAUGGUGCUCCGGAACCUUCCGAAGGACUUGAACCGCAUGAGUCUUUGCAGCUUGCUAGACGUGCACGGGUGCUUUGAAACAGCCGACUUCAUCUACCUCCCUGCACGGUUCAAGGACGGUCUCUCUCUGGGCUAUGCAUUCAUCAAUUUCCAUACGCCAGCGGCUGCCAUGGAUUUCCAACGCAAGUUCCAUGGCAUGCACCUGCAUUUGCCUGGAGCCCUGGGUUCCGCAGACAGCCCUCCCAAGGCCCUGGUGGUGCAUCCGAAUCUUCGCAUGAGGAGCUUACAAGAUCUUUUGAACAGGUACAAGAACAGCCCCAUCCUACAUCCCGACGUGCCCGAGGGCAUGAAGCCCUUUCUGCUGGAAAAUGGGAAGCCUAUGCCCUUCCCCCUGCAGAUACUCGGCUUUCUGAUCCAGUCGGACCCGGAGAAGGGUUACGAGAAGGUUGCACGGACACUGCUGCCCACUGCAAAGUUGCUGCUGUCGGAGAAAGCCGCAGACGUGCGGCAGAGUGCGAUCGAGGCCUUCACAGCCUUGGCUUCGCACCUCCGCGCCGGCGACUGCGGGGACCAGGUGCUAAUGCCAGUCAUCGCCCUUUCUCAGAGCAACGACGACGAG